UGAAGAUGCACAUUUUCACAAGGGUUUUGAUGAAUAUGUCUCGCUUGAAAUGCUCAUUAAAAUAUAUGUAUCCAAAUAAUUUGUUUUAUUAUAUACACGCAGUCAAGAGGCUUAACUAAUUAGGCAGAGAAGGAGACAUAGCUUAACUAUCCGGUACUAGCCUCAAAAACUUACAGCCAUAUUUUUGUGCCACAGGUUCAGUUCUCAUUCUGGUGCAACCAAGUGAAGUUUUGAAAGGGCGCAGCAUCAUGAUUCACAGUUUGUUUCUGAUCAACACUUCUGGUGACAUAUUUUUGGAAAAACACUGGAAGAGUGUGAUCAGUCGUUCCGUCUGUGAUUAUUUUUUUGAAGCUCAGGAAAAAUCCACAGACUUGGAAAAUGUGCCGCCAGUCAUCCCUACCCCUCAUCACUAUCUCAUUAACAUCUACCGGGAGAAAAUAUUUUUCGUGUCUGUCAUUCAGACUGAAGUGCCCCCUCUGUUCGUCAUCGAGUUCCUGCAUCGGGUAGCUGAAAUGUUUCAGGAUUACUUUGGAGAUUGUUCAGAAACUACGAUCAAGGACAAUGUGGUUAUAGUAUACGAGCUUCUGGAGGAGAUGCUGGAUAACGGAUUUCCCUUGGCUACAGAAUCGAAUAUCUUGAAAGAACUAAUCAAGCCUCCGACAAUUCUGCGGUCCAUGGUUAACACUAUCACAGGCAGCAGUAAUGUGGGAGAUACUCUUCCAACGGGUCAGCUGUCCACCGUCCCUUGGAGGAGAGCCGGUGUGAAGUACACCAACAACGAGGCUUACUUCGACGUGGUGGAGGAGAUCGACGCUAUCCUGGAUAAGUCAGGGACGACGGUGUUUGCUGAAAUCCAGGGUGUGAUCGAUGCUUGCGUCAAGCUCUCUGGGAUGCCUGACCUCACACUGUCCUUCAUGAACCCGAGGCUUCUGGACGACGUGAGUUUCCACCCCUGCGUGCGGUACAAGCGUUGGGAGGCUGAGCGUGUCCUCUCCUUCGUCCCCCCCGAUGGAAACUUCCAGCUCUUGUCUUACCACGUCAGUGCUCAGAACUUGGUAGCCAUUCCCGUGUUCGUGAAGCAGAACAUCAGUUUCUUUGAGAGCGGGUCGUCAGGAAGACUGGACAUCACCGUGGGCCCCAAGCAGACCAUGGGAAAGACGGUGGAGGCUGUAAUCGUCACAGUGCACAUGCCAAAAGUUGUGCUGAGUGGCAAUCUGGCAACCACCCAGGGCACCUACACCUAUGACCCAGUCACGAAGGUAUUGGUGUGGGACAUUGGCAAAAUCAACCCUCAGAAGUUGCCUAAUCUUAAAGGAAGCCUGAGUCUACAGACAGGUGCCCCCAAACCAGAGGAGAACCCCAGCCUGGUGCUGGAGUUCAAAAUCCAGCAGCUGGCUAUUUCAGGCCUCAAGGUUAACCGCCUGGAUAUGUUUGGAGAGAAGUACAAGCCUUUCAAAGGUGUUAAAUAUCUGACCAAAGCUGGAAAGUUUCAGGUCAGGACAUGAUUUGCCAGAAAAGACUUUUCUAUGAAUAUAAAGGUCAAAAAUAUAUAGUGCCAAAAAAUGCUUAUUAUUUAAGGUGCCAUUAAAUAACGUUGAGGCCAUUGUGUAUCUCGGAACAUUUAGGAAUGUCUACACUUACAGCUUUGUGUGUAAUGUAAGAAAUGGUGUGGAGUUUGCACAGUACAUGUUUUGAAACCCAUUCCACAGGAAUAGCCUUAAAGUAUUUUUUUUGGGGGGGAAAAAAUGGGAUUUAGUUGAAUUGGUUCCUUCUUCCAGAGGAACAGCCUUAAACAACUUUACAAAACAAGACUGUGAAAUCCUUUUGCAACUUUGGACGUCCUAAUGCAAUGGCACUUGGUAGAACGAAUAAUCUUUUUCCACAAUUUAGAUACAUUUUAUACUGUAGGUAGCGAAUAAAUCGAAUCUUGCAAUGUAUAUUCUAUUUUAAGGAAUAUCUGAUAUUAGGCAUCAUAAAGGCCGAGACAUUUCCAGCAGCAUCGAGAGCGGUAAUAAGUGUAACAUUCCGCAUACGUUGUCCAUGUGGUACUACCCAGGAAAACUAUUUUCUGCACCUUGAACCUGCACAUCUUUAAAUAAUUUAAACUCUAACGACAGGCAAUCAAAUAAACCUUUACUAAUCCCUUUGAAAUACUUUUUUUUUUAAGUACACAACUUUUUUCAUACAAUCAGUGAAUAUUGCCUUCAAAAGCUGAAUAGCAGUUUCCGCAGAAGCUUGCUUUAAUCAAUUUAAUGAAAAUAUGCACAAGUUUUUUUUUUUUUGGCACACCCAAUUGUGGCCUUAGGUCAUCAUUUCUCGGUCACGCCGUCUGAGAUUCUGUACCUCACAGGCACGUUCCUAAAAAGCACAAGCAGCUUGUGUGCCAGGAGCACAUGAUGGGUUUACUGUAGGAGUACACUACAGUAAAAAAAAAACCACGUGCUGAUCUGACCUGGAUGUUUGUGUUUACUGAACGUGUGAGAUGGAGAACAGGAGAAUGGUGUACACAGGAAGCCACCGUGUAGAUUGUGGAAGGCAAGGGUUUGGUUCCUACUGACGUAUACACUCAGUCUGAGAACUAGUAUACACAUAAAGGUCACCCAUGUGCAGUUCAGUACCAGGGAGAAAAGAACUGAGAAAUGUAUGAUUCAAGGGAAAAACCUAUAUGUGUCUUUAAAUAAAUUUGAACAUUUAAUUAA